AUGUCUUUCCUAGCAGUCCCACUCCUGAAACUGGGCUGGUCCCAAGCCAAAAAACACAAGGCCAAGAAAGAUCUCCAAAAAUACCAAAACGCCCAAAACGCCGGCGUCUACCCACCAGACUACACCGAGCAACACGCAAUGAGCGGGUAUCCAGUGGGCGCCACGCCCGGCACAACCAUCCACUUCGACCCGCCCGAACAAAGCAAAGGCGCCAAACUAACCUUCAUGUUCUUCUCCGGGCUCCGCUUCCUCCAAUUCGUCUUCGGCCUAACCGUCAUCGGCCUGUACGGCAAAGACGUGCACCACGACCACUCCGAGAAACACGUCUGGCACUCGAAAUGGGUGUAUGCGCUCGUCACAGCCUUCCUAGCAACCGUCACAGCAGCCAUGCAUCUUAUCCUGCCGUUCGUGAUGCGCAAAGCUAAGCCCGGCGCUGGAGCGGGCCCCGUGCUGCUGCUGCCGCAGUUUGUGUGGGAGUUUGUUGUUACCGUACUAUGGUUGACGCUCUUUGGGAUCUUUGGGAAGAUGUAUAUUGGUGUUCAUCUUGUGGAGAAGGGUGAUAAGGCGGAUGAUGCUACUUCGGCGCUUGGUGAUGCGUCGAAGAUUAAUCGUAUGCGUCAUGCUGUCUAUGUUGAUGUUAUUAACUUGGCGUUCUGGGUUAUGACUGCUUCUUGGGUUUUGGUGCGCUGGUUGAAGAGUCGCAGAUUGGCUGUCGCUAGUGGGUUUGAUGCUGAGAAGGGUGGGCAGAUUUAG